UACACUUUAUAGAGAACAUCUGCUGCGCACGGUUCAAUAAUUCAUCCGCACUUGGGCUGAUGUCCUCCGGAGACGAUUUCACUGUAAAAUGAUCUUGUGGUUUUCUCUUUCAUGUCAUAGGAUCCAGUUUACAGGAGUUUAUCUGAGGGUUUCAUGCAACAAAGAGAAGCAUCACCUGAAGUCCCUCACUGCAGCAUCUUCAUCUUCCUCCUUAUAAACCGAUACGACGCCGGAUGUUUUAUUCUAUGGACACUUGUUGCUAUUUCAUCCGUUUUUUCAUUUCUCGGUCGAUAUGAUGUCUGACAAAAGAAGACAAGUGAAUUUCUUCGUUCUAUUACUUCUUCCUAAUGGUGUCCUGUGUCAAUCUGCUGGGUACCAGCCCAAUUGUGACUGUCACCUGGACUGCCCGGCAGGCACGCACUUCUCCGCCGGUGGCUGCUGGGAGUGCCCCUCUGGAUUCUACUGCCCUGGAGGAUCUGCUGCGCCCAGACAAUGCCCACCCGGUACAGCCAACCCCAUACCAGGGAGAAGCGACAUCCUCGAUUGUCAGGUCUGCCCGCCAGGUUACAUUGGUUUGGAUUCGGGCCAGGCCUGUAGACCGUGUCCAUCCGGCUUCUCCUGUGAUCAGUCAUCAGGUCUACUACAUCCUUGUAGGCCCGGGUAUUACUCCCUGGAGGGGGAGCUGCACUGUUCUCAAUGUCCUGAUGGGUUUGUCUGUCCGGAUGGUCGAGAAUGGAAGCUGUGCCCGCCAGGACAGGAGCCGUCAGAGAAUCACACUCGCUGUGUCGAUUGCGCCCCGGGAUUCUUUUCUACGUGGAGCUCAUCGACGUGUCUGCCCUGUCUGCCAGGUAGUUAUUGCCCCUUUGCCGGCCGGAUUCAAACAGUCAUUUCACCCACUGGAUUUCUGAAGGACGGCAGCGGACAGAUAAGUUCUUGCAUGUGUAGCAUCUGUCCCCCAACGACAAAUGUAGACGACCCUUAUCAAUCCAAUGGUGGGCCAGUCACCUGCCAGCCAGGGUACUAUGUAACUACAGAAGGACGAACAGAGUGCAAGCUCUGCCCCCCAGGUUAUUUCUGUGCUGAUGGCGCCACCAAAUCUUCCUGCCCAACUGGGACCUUCUCAGACAAGGAAGGACUUCUUCAGCAGAGUGAAUGCACCCUCUGCCCUGCAGGGUACUUCUGUUUGGAGGGAAUGUCUCAGCCACCUGGAGAACUCUCUCUGUGUCCUGCAGGGUUUUACUGUCCUAUAGGCACUCGAAAUUCCCAUGCUUAUCCGUGCCCAGCUGGGACCUACAAUGACCAAACUGGGCAAGGACACAGGGGCAGCUGCAAGGUUUGUUCCGAGGGUGUGUUCUGCCAAGAAGGCUCCUCAGUCUCAGGUUUCCCAUGUGCCAGGGGGAAGUUCUGCCCAGCUGGCAUCAGCCGCGAACAAGACUGUCCCCCAGGGACCUUCACGCUUCACAACGGGGCUUCCAAAAUAGAAGAGUGCAGCCUGUGCCCUGCUGGAUAUUACUGCCUGACAAACACCAGCUACCCCAUUCCAUGUCCCCCGGGAGCCUACAACCCCUUCGAGGGGCAGGAUGAAGCUGGAGACUGUGCACCUUGCUCAGCAGGAAGCGCUUGUACUCGUUCAGGACUAUCCCAGCCAGAUGCAGACUGCUCACCCGGGUACGUGUGCCCGGUUGGAUCCCGAUCUGCUACAUCGUCUGAAAAUGCCUGUCCAGCCGGAACUUACGGUGACAGCCAGGGCCUCUUCGACAAAUCCCAAUGUGAGAUCUGUCCAGCCAGAUUUUUUUGUGCAACAGGUUCAGGAGGAAGACAGCGACCGCCGGUUCCUUGUCCUCGAGGUCAUUACUGUCCUCCUGGCACAAAGCAUGGCUCUCACUAUAAGUGUCCUCCUGGGACGUGGAGCGACAGACCCAGCCUGGCAUCUGACAGGGAGUGCUAUUCGUGUCCUGCUGGCUGGUUCUGCAUGGCUGGAGCCGAAACGCCCUCAGGAAAGUGCAGCGCUGGAUACUAUUGUCCUGAGGGUUCGCAGUCUGGAACCCAGUUUCCAUGUCCAGCAGGGACCUUCAACCUCAAGCUGGGCAGUGUCCGUGUGGGUGAGUGCAGCGCUUGUCCAGUGGGAUCGUACUGUCCAGUCGGGACAUCAAAACCUUCUCUGUGCCCAGUGGGAACUUACCGUGCUGAGCAAGGGGCCCAGAAUGUGGGUGAAUGUGACCUUUGCCCAGCUGGCACCUCAUGUCCUAGUAUAGGGUUGAGUUCCCCGGUGCCAUGCGGAGCUGGUAACUUCUCAGACCCAGCAUCUUCCACCUGUCUGCCCUGCUUAGCCGGACAUUACUGCAAUGAAGACCGAACCAGCAGAGAGCGCAUGAUGCAGUUACUGUGUCCUGCGGGUACCGUGUGUCCUAAAGGGAUGGCGGUCUUUCCAGGGGAGGGAGACAGCAUUUGUCCUCAGGGAUACUACUGCACUGAGGGGAGCCAAGAAGCCAAAGCUUGUCCAAAUGGCACAUAUGGAUCCCAACCAGGCCUGGAGGGAAUAGAGGACUGUUCGCUUUGUCCAGAGGGAAGAUAUUGUUAUCAAGAUGGACAGGGAGGAAUUCCAAGACCAAACGGCCUUUGCCCCCCAGGAUAUUAUUGCCCAGCAGGCACUGGUUCCCCUCUGUCUUUUCCCUGCCAGCCUGGAUCCUAUUGGAACAUGACCAGACAUGGGGUAGAAGUGUCAGCCUGUCUGCCAUGCCCCGCAGGGUUCUUCUGUGAUCUGCCUUCAUUACUUGCUCCUAAGCUCUGUCCAGCUGGCUUCUACUGUCACCAGGGCAGCUCUCGCCCACAGCCGUGCCCAGAGGGCACCUACAGCCCCCAUGAGGAGAGCUCCGCUGAGGCUGACUGCCGUCCAUGUGAAGCUGGGAAGUUCUGCGCUGGAGUAGGACUGUCAGCCAUGAGUGGACACUGCCAGGAAGGAUUCUACUGUCCUGAGAGAUCUACAAGUGCGACUCCUUCUGGUGGACGAUGCCCAGCUGGUAAUUACUGCCCACCCUCCUCUAGUUGGCCACUUCUGUGCCCACCAGGCACUUACAGUAACCAGGUUGGACUAAAAGAAGCCAGUCAGUGCCUCAUCUGCCCUCCUGGGAUGUUCUGUGAUGGACAAGAUGGUUCCAGCCCCACAGGUAACUGUACUUCUGGGUAUUACUGCCCAGCAGGUUCUAGCUCACCAGUUCAGCACGAGGUGGCAGCAGGCUACUACUCCAUAGAAGGGGCCUUCCGACCAGAGCCCUGUCCACCUUGGACCUUCCAGCCUCUCCCCGCUCAGUCGUCAUGCAGACUAUGUCCUCCCGGAAACUUCUGUAAUGCCAGUGGUUUAUCUGACAUUUCCGCCUGUCCACAAGGGCAUUUCUGUCCAGCUGGAAGUACCGAUCCAACGCCAUGCCCACUGGGAACCUUUUCCAAUGUGUCUGGUAACAUAGCUGUGGGUUAUUGCGAGCCCUGUUCUUUGGGUAUGUACUGCAGCCGCCCCGGAUUAACCCAGCCUGAAGGACCCUGCGAGUUGGGCCAUUACUGUACACGAGGGUCCUACACGUCUGUCCCUAUAGAGAUGUCAUUCGGAGACCUUUGUCCGGCCGGUCAGUAUUGUUCCGGAGGUAUUAGACUGGCUUGUCCUCCAGGCACAUGGAGCAGCAGGAAGGAAGCUGUGGACAUCUCCUGGUGUUUGCUGUGCCCUCCAGGGUUUUUCUGUGCUCUUCCAGGACUGGCUGAACCAUCCGGACGUUGUGACCCUGGGUACUAUUGCUCUGAAGCUUCUGUAACUCCUAGACCAGAGGGAGGAAUAGCUGGAGACAUCUGCCCUGCAAAACACUUCUGCCCCGAGGGGUCCUCCGAGCCCAUUCCUUGUCCUGAAGGAACUUACAGCAAUUCAACAGGUCAGUCUGCGUGUGUCAUCUGCCCCACUGGCCACACAUGUCUUGGUGGGGAUAUCUUGGCCUGCCCAGCGGGAUACUUCUGCCCAGAGAGUACGAAUGCAGGUCCAGUUCCAUGUCCGCCGGGCACCUUCAGUCCAGUGCCACGUCUGACAAGUGAGGAUGGGUGCUUGCCCUGUCCACCAGGGAUGUUCUGCAAUGACUGGGGCUCCGGGGCAGUCGGUGGUCCUUGUGAACCUGGAUAUUUCUGCACAGGCGGAUCCCUUGUACCAAACCCUACUGGUGAUUCAGCUGAGAGCUUUGGUGGUCCUUGUCCUAUCGGCCACUUUUGUCCUGCGGGUACAGGUGCCCCCAUUCCGUGCCCAAUCGGUAGUUUCUCUGACAGGUCCAGGCUAAGCAUGGAGGCCCAUUGUACACCCUGUUCCCCUGGCUAUUACUGCAGCUCAGUCGGCCUCCAUUCACCAAGUGGGCUCUGCCUUGCCGGAUACUACUGCUCCCUGGGGGUCUCCUCCUCUGCUCCUUCUGGGGAAUUAUCUACAGGAGAAGGAGGCGGCUGCCCACGAGGUCAUUACUGCCCGGCUGGAAGUCCCCAUCCUCACGCCUGUCCUGCAGGGACCUAUAACAACCUCACUCAUCAACAGGACUGCCUGCCAUGCCCCGCUGGGCACUUCUGUGCAGAGAAUACCAGUGAUUAUAGCGCAUUUCCGUGCCCCGCUGGGUUUUACUGCCCUGGAGGUACCCAGCACCCCUGUCAGUUCCCCUGUCCUCGUGGAUACUAUAACCCGGACCCCAGGUCGCACAGUAUCGAUAGCUGUUUGCCGUGUACCCCGGGGCAUUACUGCGGAGUGGAGGGACUGAGCGAAGUAUCUGGAGAGUGUGACCCUGGUUGGUUUUGUGUUUCCGCUGCCUGGACUCCUCAGCCCUUUGAUCUGGAUAACUACACCAGCACUAACUGCUUGUGUCCUGCCACCUCAACCGGAGGGAAGUGUCUUCCUGGCUUUUAUUGCCCAGGGGGCGCUGCUGAGCCAAUAUCCUGUCCUCCUGGGUUUUACUGUGGAAAUGCUGGUCUGGCUGCUCCUUCCGGUGAAUGUGCCACUGGCUACUUUUGCAAUGGUGGAGCCAAGACUCCCAAACCUACUGAUGGCCUGCAGGGAAAUAUUUGCCCCCCUGGCACAUUCUGUCAAAAUGGAUCCCAUCAUCCCCAGCUCUGUCCAGCAGGCACGUUUUCAGCAGAUUACGCCUUGGAAAGUGUCUCGGAAUGUAAGCUGUGUCCUCCAGGACUCUACUGUAACGGGUCUGGGAGGAUUUCUCCUUCAGGCCAGUGCUCAGAAGGUUAUUACUGUCCCAAUUGGCAAACACUGCCCAAUAGUUUGCCAUGUCCCCCAGGGCAUCGCUGUCCAGCCGGGAGCUCGGAGCCUGUACCUUGUGAGUCGGGAUUCUACCAAAAUGAAGAAAGGCAAGCCACAUGCCGGGUCUGUGAAGCAGGGUUUUUCUGUGAGCUGAGGGGGCAGCCGGUCAGUGACUACACACACUUCAUAUGCCCACAAGGGUAUUACUGCCCUGCGGGGACACAGUUUGGUGAUCAACAUGGCUGUCCAGAGGGAACCUAUGGGCCCAGACAAGGUCUGUCCAGCAUCAGGGACUGCAUACUCUGUCCACCCGGGAGAUUCUGUAAAGGAUCAGGACAAGCGGCUCCUACAGGGAAUUGUUCUUCGGGAUACUGGUGUAAAGAAGGGGCGGCCAGUGAGCAUCCACAGGACAGGAUUUCUGGUGACAUCUGCCCGGCAGGACACUACUGCCCACAAGGAGCACAUUCACAACAGCCCUGCCCUGCUGGGACCUGGUCAGAUACAGAAGGUCUGGGAAACAGACAGGAGUGCCAGCCUUGUCCUGGGGGACAUUUUUGCAGCUACUCUGGUCUUACCGCUCCAUCAGGGCUGUGUGCAUCAGGGUAUUACUGUUCUGGGGGAGCUAAAACGUCAACUCCAACUGAUGGAUUAUCAGGAGGCAUUUGCCCACCAGGCCAUUUUUGCAUUUCUGGGACAUCUGCUCCUACCUUGUGCCCUCCUGGCACUUACACUGAACACAGUGGGUUUUCUGAAUGUAAUGUGUGUCCUGAUGGAAGAUACUGUAUUCCCGGAAUCAGCCCCCAGCCAUGUCCUAGAGGAUUUUAUUGUCCAAAGGGAACAGGUUUGUACUGGAAGCCAUGCCAACCUGGAACCUACAGCUCAGAGCUGGCACUGGAGGAUGCUGCUGGCUGCAGGGUGUGUGAUGGAGGCAAAUACUGCAUGUUCUAUAAUUCCACCAGUGUGACUGGAGACUGCGCAGAGGGAUAUUACUGUACAGCUGGUUCUCAGCGAGCGGAUCCACAAGAAGAAAUUCCAGGAUCUGCUGGACCUUGUCCACCUGGUCACUACUGUCCUCGGGGCUCCACGGUUCCUACACCUUGUCCACCCGGGACCUACAACGCAAGAGUAAAGCUGCAGUCAGAGGCUGAAUGUUCCCCAUGUGUUGCUGGACAUUACUGUGACUCUCCGGGCCUUGUGCUGCCGGCUGGACCUUGUUCGGAGGGUUUCUAUUGUACCUCAUCGUCUAUAUCUCCUCAGAUAUCCUUGGUUAGCCCUAUGGGAGGUCCAUGCCCUACAGGACAUUUCUGUCCAGUUGGCUCCUCUGCCCCUCAGCCCUGUCCUCCUGGAACAUUUAACGCCAUAGAAAGACAAGGUGUUUGCCAGCCGUGCCCUGAAGGGUUCUUCUGCCUCACUAACACUUCAUCUCUGGAAGGAAAAGGCUGUCCUCCUGGGUUCUACUGUCCCGGUGGAACGUUCUCUCCUGAGCAGUUCCCAUGUCCCAGAGGCACAUACAAUCCGCAGGGAGGACGCCAUCUUUUGGAGGACUGCUUGCCUUGUGACCCAGGUCAUUUCUGUGAUGCUCCUGGACUGACCCGGGUGUCCGGCCUCUGCUCUGAAGGAUAUUUCUGUACACAUUCUAUGAGUACCCCAACCCCAAACCAAGGAAUCCUGGGAGAUGUGUGCCCUUCAGGCCAUUAUUGCCCAGUUGGUUCUACCAUCCCUCAUCCUUGCCCUGCUGGAUCGUAUAGUAACACCUCAGCAAACACCGGACCUCAAUCCUGCGUGCUCUGUGAGCCAGGGUACUACUGUGAUAAACCAGGGCUGGCAACUCCAAGUGGGCCAUGUGAUGAAGGAUACUACUGCCCUGGGGCGUCUGUGUCUCCUCAACCCCUGGAGGGGACCAGCAGUGGCGGCCCAUGCCCUGCCGGUCACUUCUGUCCACAGGGGAGUCCUGUUCCUCAAGCCUGUCCUGCUGGGACCUAUGCACAGUAUUUGGGACAAGCCAGUUGUUCGGAGUGUCCCGAAGGUUUCUAUUGCCCUGUGCAGUCUACUAACAUGACCAUUUGUCCUGAAGGAUAUUACUGUCCAAGGAGAACACAAUUUGCCAAGCAGCAUCCCUGCCCACCCGGUACGUACAGUAGGAAUGAGGGAGCCGCUGACAUUGGGGCUUGCCUCCCCUGUCCUCCUGGGAUGUUCUGUUCAAGACUUGGCUUGGAAAGACCAGAGGGAUUCUGUGCCCCCGGCUGGUUUUGUCCUGCAGGAUCCAUAUCUGAUAAACCUGUUCACUUCUCCGAGAUAUCAGGACCUACAGUAUUGUCUAAUAUUUCUUCGUAUAGAAGGAUGUGUACACCAGGAACAUUUUGCCCCCAAGGUUCCUCUUACCCCAUUCCCUGCACUCCAGGGAAAUACUGUGCAGCUCCUGAGCUAGAUUCAGAGUCUGGUUUCUGUGACUCUGGGUUUUAUUGUUCAGCGGGUUCCUCCGUCCCAAAUCCCAGAGAUGGGGAAAUGGGUGACCUCUGCCCGGCUGGUCACUUCUGUGUUGCAGGAAGUUCUUCACCUUCCCCGUGUCCACCAGGGACUUUUUUGGCUGUAUCCGGGGCUCAGUCUCCUCAGGACUGUACGCUGUGCACAGCUGGAUCUUACUGCUCUCGCUGGGGCAGUGUUGUCCCUGAAGCUGAAUGUGCUGCUGGUCGGUUCUGUCCCCUGGGGACAAUAUAUCCACAAAAUCCAGAAUACGUGUGUCCUAUUGGCCACCACUGCCCUCCUGGAAGCUCCGAGCCUCUAUCCUGUCCUAUGGGCCAAUUCCAGGAUAAGAUCGGUCAAAGCCAAUGUGAGGUCUGCCCGGCAGGAAAGUAUUGUGGCCCAAUGACACCAGCAGAAGAAACACAGGAAAGUAUUUCCAGAAACUAUUAUGCGCCUGUGGAGUGUCCUGAAGGUUUCUUUUGUGUUGAGGGAACAAAAUAUGGGCGACAGCACCCUUGUCCGACCGGCACAUUCAACAAUCAAACAGGACUGAUGUCCAGAGAGGAAUGCUCCCCCUGUCCUGGAGGCUGGUUCUGUGCACGGCCAGGUCUCUCAUCCCCUACAGAAAAGUGCUCACCUGGAUAUUACUGCACAUUGAAUGCUCAGCUUCCAAACCCUGCAGAUGGUGGCAGCGGGGGUCUGUGUCCUGCGGGUUUCUUCUGUCCUCUCGGGAGCCGAUACCCCCUGCCCUGUCCUCCGGGCACCUUCCAGCCAUACCCAGGGAUGUCUUCACUGGAGUCCUGUUUGCCUUGUCCUGCUGGGAAAUUCUGUAGCGGAGAAGCUUUAUCACAUAUCUCAGGGAAUUGCUCUGCAGGAUUUUACUGUGUAUUAGGAGCCGCCUCCGCGUCGCCCUUUGAUGGCAUCACAGGGUCACACUGUCCGAAGGGUUACGCCUGUCACUCUGGAGCAUCGGUUCCUCUUCCUUGUAUCAAUGGAUUUUAUCAAGACCUGGAGAGAGAAUCCAGCUGUAAAGUCUGCCCUGCAGGCUACUAUUGUGACACAUCAGGUGUUGGUGGAGUUGUCUUCCCCCAGUCGUGUCCUGCUGGUUACGUCUGCCCACGAGGGAGUCAGUCUUGGACAGAACAGAGAUGCCCACGUGGCACCUACAGCUCAAGUGGGCAGCUAUCCGCAGAAGAAGAGUGCCGGUCCUGUCCUUUUGGUCAUUACUGUGCAGACGAGGGUCUAACUGAACCGUCAGGUCGCUGUCUGCAGGGUUACUGGUGCAUCAGGAGAGCAGAGACUGCAAACCCGACAGAUAGUGUGACUGGGGAUGUAUGUCCAGCUGGCAAGUUCUGUGAGAAUGGAGAAAUCUCAGGAGACUGCAAGGCUGGAUACUUCUGUGAUGUUGGGUCUUCCCGCUCCGACCAGACAAUUUGUCCACCUGGAUACUACUGCCCAGAAGGUGCCCGGUCUCCUAUGCCAUGUGACAGUGGCACCUACGCUCCAAUCAGUGGCAACAAUGCACCUUCUGACUGCCAGCCAUGUCCACCCGGACACUACUGCAAUGGCACAGGGAAAGCAAUGUGGCAGGGUCUUUGCUUUCCAGGAUUUUAUUGCCCCCCUGGUCAGAUCUCCCCCCGGCCAUCUUCUCAUCGCUGCCCAAGUGGGUUUUACUGUCCAGCAGGGUCAGCAGCUCCAGCUCCAUGUGAAAGUGGAAGUUACCAGUCUCUGGAGGGAAGGGAGGCCUGUAACGCCUGUCCUACAGGAUUCUACUGCGGAUCUGGCAAUGAUAGCUCAGGAAUAUCAAUGCCCACUCUCUGCCCAUCCGGACAUUACUGCCCCCCAGGGGCCAGUUUUGUCACUGUGUAUCCAUGUCCAGCCGGGACGUACGGACCCAAGAUAGGAGCAUCAAGUAUAUUGGACUGUGAGGCCUGCCCAGCAGGAAUGUAUUGUUCAUCUGAGGGUCUAAACAAGCCAACCGGUUACUGUUAUGCUGGGUACUACUGCUCCCAGGGGGCCAUUAACCCGACACCUAUAACACCAAGGGUGCCCUUUGAUUUGCAUUACCCCCAGAAUGAUAUCUGCCCCACCGGUCACUUUUGCCCUAAUGGUACCCGUUCUCCAGUUCCUUGUCCUCCAGGGUCAUUCUCAAUGGCUGCUGGUCUCAGUACAAUAGAGGAGUGCCAGCCCUGCCCAGCAGGACACUACUGUGCUCAGGCCGGCCUGUCUGAUGCUUCCUUGGCACUGCCAUGCUCUCCUGGAUAUGUCUGCAAGGAAGGCAGCUCCGUUUCGUGCCCGUCAGAUGACCAUCAUGGCUAUCGUUGCCCUGCUGGAUUCUAUUGCCCCAGUGGGACAAGUAUUGAGAUACCGUGUGAGCCUGGAACGUUCAGCCCUAUGUCUGGGUCUAGCAUAUGCCUGCCGUGUCCUGCUGGGAGUAGCUGUAUGCAUGUGUCUACAGUGGAGCCGCUGAGCUGUCCCAGAGGUCACUACUGCCCGGCUAUGACUGCGGUACCAGUCCCAUGCCCAGCUGGCACAUUUAAUCCUAUAGAAGGGGCACUGACGCCUGCUUCAUGUAAGAGGUGCCCAGCGGGGAGAUACUGCCGUGGAGAGGCAAACGCCGAGCCUGAUGGCUUGUGUUCUGCUGGAUAUUACUGUGAAGGAGAAGCAGCUGACAAUAUUCCUCAGAGGACUGGCCGCUUUCCACUCAAUGGUCCUUGUCCUGUCGGCCAUUACUGCCCAGAAGGAACCCUUUCUCCCAAACCCUGUCCCGUUGGAACAUUGAAAAAUACAACAGGUGGCUCUUCCAUGGACAGCUGUGUGCCAUGCUAUGCUGGGUAUUUUUGUGCCAGCGUGGGUCAGAGUUCACCCACUGGCUUGUGUUCAGCUGGAUUCUUCUGCCCUGGAAACUUCACCUCUACCAGCCCUACUGCUUUCCUGUGCCCAAAGGGUCAUUUCUGUACUGCCGGAUCUUCCCAUCCUAGCCCCUGCCCUACUGGACAGUACCAGCCAAAUACCGGGUCUCAGUCCUGCACCCCUUGCCAGCCAGGAUUCUACUGCCAGGAAGCUGUGGCCGGUCACCCACAUCCCUGCCCCCCGCAUUCCUAUUGCCCUGCAGGGACACUUUUUCCUUUACCUUGCCCUAAUGGGACCUAUACACCUCUGAACAGCAGUGGUCUGAGAGAGAAGGGUGAAUGUCUGCCGUGCCCCCCAGGACAUUACUGCAGGGGAGGUAAGCUGCAGGGCCCUUGUGCAGCUGGUCAUUUCUGCCUAUCAGGCAGUUCAGAAUACACCCCGUAUGUCCAGAACUUCAGCAGAAGCUCACUGACUGAAUGUAGCUGGGGGCAGAUGUGUGCAGGGAUCUGUCCGCCAGGUUUCUACUGCCAGGAAGGUACUGUGUUGCCCAUUCCAUGCCCUGCUAACACAGUUAGAAGCUCUCCGGGGGGCAGGCACAGGGAGGAUUGUGUGUCCUGCCCCCGAGGAUACUGGUGUAAAGAAGGAGCCCCAGGACCUGUUCAGUGUCCACCUGGACAUUUCUGCAGUGGAGGAAAUCGGACCAAUUCUGGAUACAAAGCUGAACCCCAGGAGUGCCCUGUUCACACUUACCGGGACCUUGCAGGGGCAGAGAGAGCUAGUGACUGUCAACCAUGUCCCUCUGGAUAUUACUGCAAGUUAUCAGGUACUGUUAUGUAUGAAGACUACCCAUGUCCUCCGGGGUACUGGUGCCCAGGUACAAAUGACCCAUUGGCCUGCCCUCCUGGCACUUUAAGAACUAAACCUGGAGCUUCCUCCAUACAGGACUGUGAGAUCUGCCCUGAGGGAUAUUACUGCCCCAACCCUUCAGUGACUCUGGAAGUUAAUAUUAUAGGAAUCCCCUGCAGACCGGGCUAUGAGUGCCCACCUGGUUCUAUUGGCGAAUCUCCAUGCAGAGCGGGAUCAUACUGCCCAGCGCACACAGGGGUCCCCCCACUAUGUCCCGGAGGAUUCUUCUGUCCUGAGGGGUCUUCUACCUAUAACACCACUGCCCAGCGCUGCACUUUCCCCUAUUACUGCCCCCCUGGUGGUGUACACAUGAUGCCCUGUCCAGGAGGGAGUACGGCUGUUCAUGGGAUCACUCUGCGGGACUCAGCAGAGACAUCAUGUAGUAAAUGUGGACCAGGGACUUUUCGUAGUGCCAGUGCCCCAGAUACCACAUGUCGGCCAUGCCCAGCGGGAUAUAGCUGUCCACAAGGUGUGGAGAACUUCGAGUCCUUUCCCUGCCUGCUUGGCCAUUACUGCCCAUCUGGGGCCACAGCGCCUAUCCCUUGUCCACCUGGCACUUAUGGUAACAACACUCACGGGAAAGAAUUAGGUGACUGCCACCCUUGCCCAGCGGGCACCUACAACCACCUCUCUGGCCAGGUGUCAUGCUUUCUGUGUGGCAGCUCGUCUUAUUCCCAGCAAGGUUCCCGGAGCUGCGUCUGUCGAGGACUGAACCGGUCGUUCCAGGAAUCUGAUGGUUCCUGCAUCUGCCAGGCUGGAUAUGUGUUUUAUGACAACCGCGAGCAAGUGAGAUCAGACAGCAACAGCGACUUAGACUGUCAGCCCCAGGUGGAAGAACGUUGCUCUAGUGCGGAGGUUCGCCUCUCAUCAACCAGGAAGUGUGUGUCCCCGCAGCAUUAUGACUGUACUCCAUACUGUGGUCUUCAGGGUGGAUCGCUCAGCGCAGAGCUGGGAAUGUGUCACUGUCUACAUUAUGUCUCCGCUGAAGAGCUGUGCAAUCGCUUCUGCAUCAUGAAGGCUCCGCGGAUAUCAAUGAGCUUUGGAUCCAACAUGCAGUUCCAGAUACAAAUUGAGGAGACUGAGAAGAGGAGGAGCCGGUAUCUGGAGGUGAUGAAUGUCCUGGGUCCUGAUCACCAUGUGUGGAGCAGUCAGCAAGUCCACCUUGUAUUAUUUAGUCCUAGCGGUGUGUUCGGUGUUCUCCUUUCCAGCGUUCAGGCCGUCGAGGUGUUUUUGACAGGAGAAUCAUGGUCACUGCCAACACCAAGAAAAGCACGAGCUGGAGAUCAGGUCCCCACAUCAACGGACCCAGCGUCUCUACCCAAGAUACCGAAUCCAAUCCUGUGCCUCAAAGAGGGCGAUGUUGUUCUAUUUCAGCUUAGCAUAUCAACAAAUGAGCGGAUUUCCAGCCAUUAUCCCCUAUAUCAGAAGGAUCACUUAUUUAACACCAACCCGCACUGGGAUUUUGGGGCCUUCCGGAGACUCGAUCAUCUGAUCCGAGAGACCCACAUGAAUGUCUCCAGAUUUGCCCAUGUGUUCACAGAUCCCGGCACGUAUGUGUUCCUGGACAAUGGGAUUCGGGAUCGAUCCCUUUUUGUCACCGUAAAGGAGAACAAUGUGUAUUGUGACCCAGCGGCCUCUCGCGUCCAGCCGUCCUCUCCAUAUCAGCUGGUCAGGCAGGGUAUAGUCAACCAGCACAGGCUCAACCUGGCACCAAACUGGGCAGCUAUCCUAGGCGUACUGAUCCUGCUCUUCAUAGUAAUGGUCACUCUGCUGGUCCUGACCCUGGUCCUACGACCCUCACUCUACACUCCCAGCCCCCUGAAAAACUGGAAGCCAAGGUGGAGGAGUCUUGGAGAACCCUAUAUCCCACCGGAAUAUGUGCUAACAAGAGACAGUCUCCAGUUUUAUGAAGCAGUCGGCACUCAUGGAUCAGGGGAAAUACUAGAUUUUGGGAAGAAAGAAAUCUCCUAUGGAUUAGAUCAGAGGAGCUCUAUCCGCAUCUUGGAGGAUUUCAACGUUCGGACGUUGUUUGAUAAGCUUGAAGAUCAGAAUCUCCACCUAACGUCUCAGCUGGCGAGACACAGGAACGAGACCCUGUCCUUCUACAAGGCCUUUAUACAAAGGAUCCAGGUGCUGAAGGAUAUGCUGCAGACCCUAGAAGUCGGCUCCAAUAAAUGCGUUGAGUGGAGGAAGAUUCCACUGGAAGGUGAAGAGGAAAGUAUGAGGGCCACCUUGACUUCUCAGCAGAGUCAGAGCUCAUCCCUGAGUGUGAACCAAGGCUACAGCACUGACCAGACCCAAGGUGUUUUUAUGCAAGAAGCCGCUGCCCUUAUGAAAGUCCUGAAGAUCGUAUUGAUGAAAGUCACCUCAGAACUCGCCACAAAGAAGAACAUGUCAGCGAUGGAGCAGCACAACCGUGGGAAGGGUCAGAACGUGUCCAGAGCCCGACCGCCUGAGCAACACCAGGCCUUGGCCAACAAGAAUGCAUACGAAGGUCUCAUGAGCGGCAACAUCCCGAUGCUUUCUUCUGUAGGUUUGCAGUUACAGCCUCUGGUCUUUAGUACUGCACUAUACAGAGAGGAGAACCUGAAGAAGCUGAUCACAACCAGCCCUUUAACAAAGACAUUGGAAGAGAUCAAAGAAGCCCUCACAAGAAAGGCUCAAGAACAAGAAGUUAAGGAAAGUUGGGUACCAGUAUUCUCUGGCAAUCUGGUUCCAAUGGACAUGAGCCAGCUCUCCCCCCGCCAGCUCGUUGUGUUCCGGUUUGGCUCCUCACUCCUCCAUCUUGUAUGUCAUGGCUGCUCCCAAUAUCCUCUACUACUUCUUGUAGCUCAGACAAUUCCAAGAGUCCAAAGUCCUAGGCAGCUGGAGGAUGAUCUACAUCUUGGAGACUCCUAUUAUGAUACAGAAAACAAAGUUUUGUUUGUGCCAUCCUCGUGCCUGGAUCAUGUCGGGGAGCUGGCGGGGAUCAUUGUGCAUGCGGUGGCCCAGAUCAGGACAGGGCUGCAAAAAACCCCUAUUACUGUUAAAUAUCUACAGUGCAUGAAUGGAGCUCUCAGGGCAAUAUCCCAAGCUUUCUUCCAGUCCUGGGGUGCAGAGACAACAGGGGCACUUACGGACAAGGAGGAGAGACAGCCGGACAUGAAAGCUGCUCUCAGAGACCUUCUGAUGAUUCACAAGAUACCAGAUCAUUAUAAUAAACAGCGGAGCUGUGAAUUUUACAACAAGUUUAAGAAGCACACAAUCAUGGAAAAUGUGUUUGUGAAGAAUUCGGAACGUCUCAGAGAAAAUCCCAAAGUAGAGAAUUCAGACCGGAAGGCUGUGCAGUUUAACAGGUUGUCAGAGAAGAGGGACCUGGCCGUACUGCUGGAACUACAGAGGCGCCGCACAUCUGAGAAGAUCAGCGCUACAGAAUCCGAGCUGCUUUCUCUGCAUCGUCCUGACACUACACCCUCUGCCGCCCGGAAAUCACGUGACCACCAGUACUUUGACACCCAUAAGUGAUAUCUAUGACAUCAAGUGUAGAUACUUGGAGGCAACUGUGAAUAGUAAAAACAUCAGAUAAGACGUUCAUUGAACUCAACAACCCGAUCCAGGAGCCACCGGCCAAGUGCGCACGGGAGAAAAACACGCAGAACUCGUUGGAGCUGGAACACAGGCGCCUUUUAUAGUUGUUUUUGUUCUAUUACCUUUAUUACCUUUAAUGUGUGAAUAAAACUUAGUAAUGUGUUACACUCUUUUUGUGAUACAUUGUGACAAUCUUGUCUGGGCCAUGUUCCAAAAUUUCUGGCCUAUUGGAUGUCCACUUAAUAUUCACUGUAAAUUUUAGGCCAUUAAUUAGUAAGGAAUAGAUGAUGUAAUCUGAAUGUGGACACGGUCAUUGUUCUAUUCUUACUUUACAGCAGUAUCCAAUGCAUUAGGAAAUAUUGGCAUUUAAGUACAUUUGUUACUAGUCUCUGCGGCUGCCCAUGCAUGUUAGUUUCUUCUGAUGUUUGUAUGUGUUUACAAUGGACAGAAAGUGUAAUUCAGUCACUGCCGGACUCCUCUGGCAGCGGCUUAUCUCAUUGAGAUCUUAAGAAUUGGGCAGUUGAGAGCCGGGAGGUCAUCAUACACAGGAGGUCAGUUGUAGGGAGAGAAGGGAGGCCGUCAUACACAGGAGGUCAGCUGUAGGGGAUAGAAGGGAGGCCGCCAUACACAGGAGGUCAGUUGUAGGGAGAGAAGGGAGGCCGUCAUACACAGGAGGUCAGCUGUAGGGGAUAGAAGGGAGGCCGCCAUACACAGGAGGUCAGCUGUAGGGGAGAGAA